GCUGCCGAAGCCCGCCAGGGCCGCUAUUAACGAUAGUACCACUGUCGCGUUAACAAUUGAUACCUGUGCUUCUGGGUCGCUCUGUUGGCAUUGGCAGAAGGAAAAACUAUUACUGCCAUUACCGCUACCUUCCUAUUGCAGCUACUUGCCAUCUAAUGGCAGCAGCUCCCCUAUCUUCACUCGUACCGUAACAGCGGCGGUAUCAGCUAUUUGCCAGUAUAAAAUACUGCUUCUGGUGGUCAUAGUUUUCAUAGAGCCUGUUUCUUCUUUGUGGACAACACUGCGAAAAGCUCAAGUGGCCGUAUCAAAAAAAAUUCACAAUCUCUGUAACCUGGUCAAUACAAACCUCGAACGGAGCCUCGUAUCAGAAGUAAACUGAUUUCUGUACAAGUAGGACACAGUAACGCUGGCAGAACAGCUUCAGUGAACACGAGGUGCAUUAUCAACGCGCUUCAAUGUGCCAUAGCAGUUAACCUAAACUCGAAAAAAAAGAGUCACCAUUUGUACCUGAGUCGUAGACAAACUAAAUCUCAGACUCCAAAAGCCGUUCAACCACUCAUAGGACAUCUAGUUAACGAACAAGAUGAUCAACAGCGUGAACUACCAAUACCAUAAUGGCCAGAAGGCAACCAACGUCGUCUACCAGCUAAAUAAAAUCAACCGGGACACUCGCGGUGCGAUUCUUGGCCAAAGGAGUGGUUUCCGAGGAUGCACCAUCUGGUUUACCGGUUUGUCAGGAGCGGGCAAGACGACUCUUUCGUUUGGGAUAGAGGAAUAUCUCUGCAAACAGGGUAUCCCUAGUUACGCACUGGACGGGGAUAAUAUUCGGCAUGGCCUCAAUAAGAACCUCGGCUUCAGUGAAAAAGAUCGAGAAGAAAACAUUCGGCGUGUGGCUGAGGUAGCAAAUUUGUUUGCUGACAGUGGAGUCGUAUGCCUCACCAGCUUUAUAUCACCGUUCGCUAAGGAUCGUGCUAUUGCGCGAGAAAUCCACAAACGCGCAGGGCUAAACUUCUUCGAGGUGUUCGUGAACACUCCGCUUGACGUUUGCGAAAGCCGGGACGUUAAAGGUCUCUACAAAAAGGCAAGAAAAGGCGAAAUCAAAGGGUUCACAGGCAUCGACCAAGCGUACGAAGCGCCAGAAAACCCGGAACUUGAGGUGCGGACUGACCAAGAAACCGUCAAGGAAAGUGUCCAAAGAGUUAUAACUCUUUUGCGUGAAAACAAUAUUAUUCCCGAAAGCGUCACGGAUGUGGUUCAGGAGCUGUUUGUUUCAGCUGACAAAUUGGCCGAAGUGCGACAUGAGGCUGAAUCGCUUCCAUCGAUUGAGAUAACAACAGUGGAUGCUCAGUGGCUGCAGGUACUCAGCGAGGGCUGGGCUACCCCGUUACAAGGUUUUAUGCGAGAAAAACAGUUUCUUCAGUGUCAACACUUCUCAUGCUUACUUAAUGAUGGUGUAACAAAUCAGUCCAUUCCAAUCGUCCUACCGGUCAGCACCGAGGACAAGGAGCGGCUGACAACAAACAGCGCCAUUACGCUGAGAUACCAGGGAAAGCCAUUGGCCGUUCUACGUGAGCCUGAAUUCUACUCUCAUCGUAAAGAAGAAAGGUGUGCCAGGCAGUUCGGUCUGACCAAUAGUGGACAUCCGUAUAUCAAAAUGAUUAUGGAGAGCGGUGAUUGGCUGUGCGGCGGAGAUUUAGAAGUGCUGGAAAGGCUGAAAUGGAAUGACGGUCUUGACAAGUAUCGUUUGACACCCAAGGAACUACGUGCGGAAUUUUCUCGGCGGGGGGCAGAUACCGUCUUUGCUUUCCAGUUACGUAACCCCAUUCACAACGGACAUGCUCUUCUAAUGAAGGAAACGCACGCAUCCUUAUGCAACCGUGGCUAUAAAAAUCCAGUUUUGUUGCUGCACCCGCUGGGAGGGUGGACGAAGGAUGAUGAUGUGCCGCUAUCCAUUCGAAUAGAUCAACAUGCCUGUGUCCUAAAAGAAGGCGUUCUUGAUGAACAGCAAACUGUGCUUGCCAUCUUCCCGUCGCCAAUGAUGUACGCUGGGCCUACCGAGGUUCAAUGGCACGCCAAGGCUCGUAUGGUCUGCGGGGCAAACUUCUACAUCGUAGGAAGGGAUCCAGCCGGAAUGCCUCAUCCAGACACAAAACAGGACAUCUAUGACCCAACGCACGGAGCCAAAGUCCUUACGAUGGCACCUGGUUUGCACGGACUUGAGAUCAUUCCUUUCAAGGUCGCUGCAUAUGAUAAGAAACAGAAGAAAAUGUGUUUCUUCGAUCCAUCCCGUAAAGAAGACUUUGAAUUCAUCUCGGGUACGAAAAUGCGUGGCCUCGCACGCGAAGGAAAAGAACCGCCUCAGGGAUUCAUGGCGCCAACGGCUUGGAAUGUUCUCGCCAAGUACUAUAAAAACUUGUCGAUCCCAAAAAGUAAUUGAAAGGUAUCGAGGACGCUCAAUCUAGAUUUUCGAGCGUCUACACGAGUUGGAGAAGCACCUGUCAGAAGUCUGAUCGGUUCAUAAAAUCAUCUAAUUAAUUCAGAUUAUUCAAUAGAAUAUGACCCUUAUAUUUGUUCGGUACAUUUCGAAACGUAAUGCAAUGAUCAGAUUCAGAGCGAGAUUUCAUUGUAUUCUUCUAUUCAAGACUAUGAUAAGGGUAAUACCCGAUCAUAAAUUUCGAUCAUUAGAGGAUUCCAAAUUUUUCAAGCGUUCACGAUGGGUACAGGGUGCGUUUUUCCAUGGCAAAGAUCGCCGAGAGACCCGAGGGUGUAGCAAAACGAGUGACGACAAAUCAUAUUCGCUGGGAAUACCUGAUAAGCAUAUGUCCAUAAAGAAAACAAAAGUUACCGACAUUCGGCUGUUUUUAAGUAGACAAAGUGCACUAGCCAUUAGAGAUACUACUGCCAUCUGAAAGUUGAAAUAACUUGCGCAAAUCAUAA